AGCGCGCAGAGACUCAGCCCCAGAGGAGGAGCCGGAGGCUGGCCGGGGCCGUCCUGGGGCCGGGCGGCGUGAUGAAGGCAGAGCCUGAGGCUGUGGGCUGGGGUGCACUCCGUAAACCCUCCUACAGCUCCUGGAGGAGCAGGGCCGCCGGAGCAGAGCUCUGAAGAGGAUCCCCGCGCCGCCGCUACCGCUACUCGCUGGACGAGCACCUCGCCCCCCUCACCCCCCCCAACCCCGCGCAGAGGGCACGCUUUCCCAGAGCGGCGGCCGCCCCCGAGACCCAGCCCUCCAAGAUGAGCCGCUGGCUGAAGUGCACCUCCAUGUACUUCAACACAGACUGGAACAAGUAUGACGACCGGCUGAUGAAAGCGGUGGAGCGCGGCGAGGUGGACAAGGUCGCCGCCGUCCUCAGCAAAAAGGGCGUGGUCCCUACCAAGCCGGACGUCGAGGGGCGCUCUGCCUUCCACCUCGCUGCUGCUAGAGGACACCUGGACUGUCUCAACCUCAUCCUGGGUCACAGUGUUGAUGUCACUGCUACUGAGGCCACCGGUAAAAAUGCUCUACACUUGGCUGCGAGGAAUGGGCACUCUCUCUGUGUGCAGAAACUUCUGCAGCACAACUGCCCAGUGGGGAAUGUAGACCUGCAGGGCAGGACCGCGCUGCACGAUGCAGUGAUGGCUGGCUGCUCCUCCAGUGUAAAGCUCCUGUGUGACAGCGGCGCCUCUGUCAACGCCAGCGAUUUUGAAGGCCGGACCCCCCUGGUGCUGGCCACCCAGAUGUGCCACCCCCGGAUCUGCCAGCUGCUGCUGGAGCGAGGGGCGGACAUCAGCCUGCGCGACAAACAGAACAAAACUGCCCUGAUCCUCGGGUGUGAGUACGCCUGUAAAGACGCGGUGGAGGUCCUGCUGAAGAGCGGUGCUGAUGUCACAGCCAAGGACAGCUUUGGGCACGACUGCUUCCACUACGCCCGCCUCAGCAAGAACAUGGAGCUGGUGACGCUCGUAAAGAGCUUCCUGGACAAGGCCGCGAAAGAAAGGGAAGCGGCUAAGAAGGAGCUGAAGAUGCGACAGCAGUCAGUGGACCUGAGUGCUGGAGCCGGUGCAAGGGACCAGAUUAUACACGACUUGGAGAAGAAGAACGAGAGCCAGCAGGAGUCCCUGCGCUCCUUUCACCAGGAACACAGGGCUCUGCUGGAGAAGCUCAAUCAGCUGCAGCAGCAGCUCAGCCAGGAGAAGUCGACUGUGGAGGACAUACAGAAGGAGAGGGAGCAGCUGAGGCUCCUGCUGCUGACCAAGGAGAAGGAGAAGGAGGAGGGUGCGCGGGCUGCCGUGGAAACGGUCAAGGUGCAGCUCAAGAGCCAUAUGGGGGAUUACUCGGGCCAGUCUGUUAUUAAAGGAAAGGACAGCGUGCUGGUGAAGCAGUCGCACAGCCUGGACUCUGCACAGGUCCUUCAGUCGGCCUAUGGGCACACGCGCUCGGCGUCCCGCCCCCUGGAGCUGACCCGGGAGCCGGACACCCUGAGGAGGGAGCUGGAGCUGGCCAGGAGGAGGCAGGAGGCGGCCGAGGAGGAGGCGCGCAGGCUGCAGGGGGCGCUGGCGCUCAAGAAGCAGGAGUGCGAGGAGCUGGGGCGGAGCCGCGAGGCAGAGAAGCGGGACUCGGACCGGCAGGUGCGGGAGCUGGAGGAGGCGCUGGGAGACGUGCAGAAGCGCAUGCUGGACUCGGAGGCCAAGAUGAAGCAGCUGCAGGCCCACGUGGUGGCCGUCAAGGACCACCUGAGCAGCCAGCUGGCCGAGGACCUGAAGGCCCAGCUGCAGGACGUCAAGGCCAAGUACGAGGGCGCGUCGGCAGAGGUGUGCCGCGUGCGCAACCACCUGAAGCAGAGCGAGCAGGCCCUGGAGGAGUACAAGGAGAGCGAGGGCCGGCUGGCCAAGGAGGAGGAGCGGCUCUCGCGGGAGCUGGCCCGCGCCCGGGAGGAGCGGGAGGAGAUGGCCGCCGCGUUCGGCGCGAGGGAGGCCGAGGCCCGGCUGGCGUCGGCCGUGCCCAAGGAGAAGUUCGACAACAUGAAGAACCUCCUGACCAACGCCGUGGACCAGAAGGAGCGGCUGCUGGCCGAGCUGCGGGAGGACUACGACCGCGCGCUGGAGGAGGUGGCCGCGCUCCACAGGGAGCUGGACGGGCGGGGCACGGUGCCGCUGCACGAGCACGAGCUCGCCACCGCCGCCCUGGAGGAGCAGAACGGCGUGCUGAAGAAGAAGCUGGCGGACGUGACGGCCAAGAGCCAGGCGCUGAUCCUGGAGGUGGAGGAGGGCGAGGAGGAGAACAAGCGGCUGGCCCAGCUCCUGCAGGAGAACAGCAGGAAGCUCCAGACGCAGUACGUGCCGCUCAAGGCCCACGAGGAGGCCACGCGGGCGCUGGAGGAGCUGAGGGCGGAGCUGGAGCGCGCGGUGCGGAAGGUGGAGCAGGCGGAGGCGGAGCUCCAGAGGCUGCGGGCGGAGAAGGGCACGCUGAACGAGAGCGUGGCCCGCCUGCAGACCAGCUACGUCCCCCCGGAGAGGUUCGAGCGGGAGGUGGGAGCGCUGUCGGCUCGGAGCACAGAGCUGGAGGCGCAGCUGGAGGAGCUGCGGAGGAGGUGCGAGGAGAAGGAGAGGGAGCUGAGCGAGGCGGCGGCGGAGAACGCCGCGCUGAGAGGGAGCGUGAAGGGAGAGGGCGCCCAGAGGGAGGAGUACGAGCAGGCGAGGGCAGAGCUGAGCGCCGCUCUGGACCGCGCCCGGGCCAGGCUGUCCGAGAUGGAGAGAGAGGGCGCGGAGCGCGAGGAGGAGCUGCGGAAAGUGAGAGAGGGAAACGCAACGUUGAAAGAAAAGCUUGAGGGUGUGGAGGCGACCCUGGGGAAGGACUACGUAAGUCUGAAGGAGCACGUGGAGGCCAAGCGCCAGCUGGGCGGCGCUCUGAGCGUGGCGGAGGCGCGGGAGAAGGAGGCGGCCGCCGCCUGCCGCUUAGCCCAGGAGGAGACGCGCAAGCUCCACCAGGAGAUCCUGGAGCAGAAGAAGGAGCUGGACACCAUACAGGAGGCCAUCAGCUCCAAGUUCAUCCCGGCGAGCGUCGUGGAGGAGAAGGAGAGGUCCUACGAGGCGGCGCUGAAGGAGCUGACGGGACAGCUGGAGGAGGCGAUGGAGAAGUACGGUCACGUGAAGGUGGAGGGAGAACGUCACAAGCAGGAGAAGGAGAAGCUGAAGGUGGAGAUGGUGUCGGCGCAGAAGCUGCGGGAGGCGGAGGAGGCGCACAGGUCGCAGACGGAGGAGCUCUCGCAGAGGCUCCGGGAGGUGGAGGAGCAGAAGAGGGAUCUGGAGGAGCACAGCGCCCAGUGCACGGCGGAGGUGCACAGCCUGCAGCUGAGGCUGGAGACAGAGUACGUGCUGGUGGAGCAGUUUGAGGCCAUGAAGGAGUCGCUGAGCGGGGAGAUCCAGCUGGCCCGGGAGGAGGCCGAGAGGGCGGCCCAGGCCUACGGGAGGGAGGCGGCCCGGGUGGCCGCCCUGGAGGCCCAGCUGCAGGGCCGCAGCGACGGCGCCACCCUGCUGGCGGAGCAUGCCCGUGCCAAGGAGGCCCUGGAGAAGGAGGUGGCCCGCCUGCGCGUGGCCCUGAGGCAGGAGGAGGAGAGCGGCGCCAAGAGGGCCGAGGAGGUGGCCGCCCUCCGCUCCGAGCUCCUCCUGGCCUCCCGGGCGAUGGAGGAGGCCUGCCGCGGGGAGGCCGAGGAGGUGGCGGAGCUGCGGGCGGAGAAAGGGAGGCUGGAGGAGGAGGCGACGGCACUGGCGGAGCGUCUGACUCGCCUGGAGGAGCAGUGCGGGGAGCUGCAGGAGGAGGCAGCUCGAGCCCGGCAGGGAGAAGGCAGGGCCAGGGCAGAGAUGGAGGCCCUGCAGGUCAAGAGCACCUCCAUCGAGCGGGAGAUCAGGGAGCUGAAGGGGAGGUACGACGACUCCCUCAGCACCAUCGGGGACCUGCAGAAGAGGAUCCAGAUGUCCUCUGCGCAGACAGAACAGAAAGAUAAGAAGAUCACAGAGCUGCUGACGGACGUGGAGCGGCUGAAGCAGGCCCUAAACGGCCUGUCCCAGCUGGCCUACGCUGGCACCGCGCCCAGCAAGCGGCAGACCCAGCACAUCGACACACUCCAGGCCCAGGUCAAGAGCCUGCAGCAACAGCUGGCUGAUGCUGAGAGGCAGCACAGAGAGGUGGUCUCCAUCUACAGGACUCAUCUCCUCAGUGCAGCGCAGGGCCACAUGGAUGAGGACGUCCAAGCCGCCUUGCUGCAGAUCAUCCGGAUGAGACAGGAGCUGGUCUGCUAGCACCCCCCCAACGCCAUGCCAAUACCGCCAUCAUCGAAGAACAGCCACUGGAAACCCCCCCCCCCCCAUGAAAUCUCGCCUUCCUCAUCUCAGUGAUGAAGAAACAUCCUCGGGCCCUCUGUUCCUCUGUUCAACUAAGCAUCCACUUCAGCCUCUAAAAACACGUUCUCAUUCACCUGAUUUAAAUUAUUAUUGUGCAUUUGGAUGAGUUAUGACCAUGCUCAUACUUUAACAUUAAAACCGGGAAUGCUGGGUUUUUUGUGGAUGAAGUGGAUGCUGAUCAAGUCCCUGGAUGCAGUCUCAUAUGUUCCUUAAAAGGACAUUAAUAUAUCUUUGGAACUGGUCAGAAUUUUCAAUUUCACUGGGCCAUGGUUGACUGCAUGUUGAGAUCACUGUUUUGUCGUGUUUUUUCCCCUUGUGUUGAGAAUUGCACUGAAAAUGGUUUGCUUCAUCCAGGGUGUUUGAUACAGAAUGUUGCAGACUAUGGCAACUGGAAGUCUGAUGUCUCAGAAGCACUGAGAGGGUUUUUGUCUCUGCUUUUCCAGCGUGUCUGGUUGGGAGGAAGGAAGUGUAAAUGUCUCUGGGGCUUCACUGAGGCGUGCUGGCGCCCAUUGGAAAUUUGUCUCUGGGUCACAUCUUAAACAGCACUGAGGUGUAGUGAAGGGGAUGUGCGCUCUGUGCACUGUGGGUCACGUUCCUAACGUCCCAAGUGCUGCUCUUCCACCACCAUCCGGUGUGCUCGUUGUUGUCUGUGGAGAUGGCAGGCGGCUUGGCAUGACCAGGCGGAUGCUGGAUUGAAAACCAGAAGGUUGUAGGUUUAAGGGUGGGUGGCGGUUUUUAAAUGUGAUAUUUAUUAACCUGAGUUGUGUCCUUGCAGUUGUAGUACGUGCCUGUAUGACUCUGCUGUGCUGUUCGGUUGAGGCACAGUAUCCUUAUAGGCCCAGCAUGCUUUGCUUCCCUCGCUGCCAGGCCACGUCGGUCCCUGAGAAGACGCACUUCACUCACGCACUCCAUCAGCCCCGCAGGCGCGCCCCGCUGCACCGAGGGAGCCGGACUCCUUACGAACGCGCUGCGCAGGUCACGUGACCUGCUUCGCCCCAGCUCCGCCUUGGUUGCGCUGGUGCGGGGGCUGGGUUUUACACUGUCUGUCCUCACAGCGCAGAGCGCCCUAAGUCACUGAAUCCCAUGGGACUGCAGGUCUGGUCUUCGGGGUCGCGGGGCGAGGCGUCCCAGAGGGAGAGGGGGGUCGAGCUCCCUCUCCCGUGCUCAGCGACAGAGCCCUUAGUUCAAACCCUGCCUGAGAAACUGGGACAAGGCUGCCCCCUUGUGGUGUGACUUGGCAGGCCAAGUUCCCUGUGUAAUUUCACUAGCUCAAUGUUUUCUGGUUAAUGAGAAGAGCUUAGAGUUAAUUUACACAGAUAUAUUUUUUCAAUAAUGGCUUUGUAAUACUUUUGAUUGAUAAACAACUAUGUUAUGAUAAUAUUCAGCAGGACUGGAGUAGGGUAGAAAAACACUUGUUGGUGAUGUGUAAUGUACUACUAUUGGAAAUAAGUUUUAUCUCCCUCUAUAUAGUAAGAAGUACACUAAUGAGAUGUAGAUUAACAAGUAACAACUAAGUUAUCUGACUUUAUUUUCCCAAGAAUGAAAGCUAUUCAAUAAUUGCCUAAAAAUGAUUAAUUAUUAAAUCCAUCAACUGACUUUUGCUUCUUCAAUGCUACUGUAAUAUUUAAGACUGGAGAAAAACAAAUAUAAAUUUUGAUUUUAUUUUAACCUAAAAUCACUAGAAAGAAAUUAUAGCUAUGCAGUUCUCCUGUAUCAAAUUACUUAUUGGUAAACGUUUUUUUAAAGCAAGGAUUUAUUUUAUUUUGUUUUUUUCCUGUUUAUUUUUUCUUUUGCAAAUUAGUGGUACCAACAUUUAAUAAAGUGCCUAUAUAGAAA